AUGGAUCUUCAAUGGAGCUCUACCGGAUUAAUAGUCUUAUGUAUGCAGCUUAUGCUGAUAGACUUGGUUUAUGCUUCAUCCUCUAGAUUCAGAAGUCCCGCAGUAUCGAGCAGCCACGGAGCAGCCUAUAGGCUGAAGGCAUCUCCUAAGCAGUUUGCUGCCAUAUCUAGUUUACAACCUGGUUCCAGUUGGAAGAAGUUUGGAUUGGGUAACUUAUCUCGUGUUGCGUCCAUAAGCAACACUCCAGCUCCAGUUUCUUCCGGUGCAAAGUACUUUAGCGAUCUCUUGAAAAGCUCCAUAGGAUAUAAUUCAAUACCGCAUAGGUGUGGUUACAACGACUUUUGCACCCAUACAAAGGAUGCUAUAGACAAAGCUUUUCCUUCUGUAUUGUCUGGCUAUACUGCAUCUGCUCUAAAAAGUCUCGGUUCUUAUUCUUCACUCAAUUCAAAGGAUGGUUCAGAAUCGUUAAAUUCCAUCACAGAGACAUCAAGACUGUUGGAAAAUGCAGUUUAUGGAGCAGUUUUAUUCUAUCUUGAAACAACUGAAAAUUUCACAAACGACAAUCGUAUAUUAUCAUUUUUUAAAUUUACCAAGGGACUUAAUGAUCUAAAUCAUCAAUUUAGGACAACAGAACUUGUGGAUUUGGUUUCAAAGUUGGAAGGACAUUUGUUUUCUACAUUUAGAAAUUCUGUAACAGCGUGCAAGCUAUCCUUUGUAUCAAAGUUGUUCAAUGAUGCUUCUAACAGAAACACAGAUUUAAUAAAACUUACACAGGUUCAAUUUAUUUCAAACACACAAAAGGAAUUUAUGAACACAAUUCCUAAACUUGUACCAUUCUUUUUUAAGAAUUCCAACUAUAAAAGCACGGAUUUGGAAACUGAAGGUGCAUUUUACAAAAGAUUGCUCUGGUUGAUCUUUACGGCAAUCGAAUACUCAAAUGACAAAGCUUCCACAUUUUUAAAUCAUCUAUCCUCUCUAAAAUUUGAACAUAGGCUUAAGGAUACCUUAAAAAGAUGGAGCCUUGAUAGCGAUAUUGAUGAAUUUAAUAAUAUUUCAAAUACUCUUAAUAGUGGAGCAAAAGCAAUGUUAUCUUCACAUAUCAAGGGAAAUAUAGAAAAGGGAAAAUUAAUGAAGUUAGUCACUAAUAAACAGCAUCAAAUUGAUCUACUACAAAAGCAACUUGGAAAUUCUUCACAACAUUCACCUCUUAAUUGUGGGUUUGCCUACCGCUUACCGAAUAGCAACCUUAACAUUGCCGGUAGCAUACAAAAGGGAAAGGGGAACCUUCAAAUAAGUUGUGUUCCUGAUGAGAGUGCCGGGUUGUUAGGACCAUAUGGAUUUACACAUGGCGUAUUCCCGGGAAAUUUGGGUUUAUCGAUAAACAUACAAAUAUAA